UCUCACCAACCGUUUGUUGCAAAGGGUGAGUUUCAAAGUGCUUUAAACUGAAGCAAGCAAUAUGUGUGCAACACAAAUUAACAAUCUUAAUAUCGGUUUCCAAUUCCUUCAACUAUCCUAUGUUGUCUUUCAAGUCUUUGAUUGAUCGCCGGAUCCAAUCACUUUUCCCAAUUGUAUUGUAUUCAAUUCUAAUCUUAGCACUUGCAAGGUUAGUCCUAGAUAGCUUGAAGAGCAAGCAAAGCAAUGUUUUUGGCAGUUCAUCUUCUAGUCGAAGGAAUAGAUUACCGGUUGUAGUGUUGCCGGAGGAUCGCAUUGAGGAUUAUUGCAAUGUAUUUGAAGGGACAUGGGUUUGGGAUAAUGUGUCUUAUCCUCUUUAUCAAGAACAGAGUUGUCCUUUCUUGGUUAAGCAGACCACUUGCAACAACAAUGGGAGACCUGAUUCUUUCUAUAAGAAUUGGAGAUGGCAGCCUCAUGGUUGCAAUCUUCCAAGGUUUGAUCCUUUGACGUUGUUGCACAUGUUGAGGGACAAAAGAAUGAUGUUUAUUGGAGACUCAUUACAAAGAGGCCAAUUUGAGUCUAUGAUAUGUUUGAUACAAUCUGUAAUUCCUGAAGGAAAGAAAUCCCUCCAAAGAAUUCCACCUAUGAAGAUCUUCAAAGUUGAGGAGUUCAAUGCAUCGAUCGAGUACUAUUGGGCUCCAUUCAUCGUUGAAUCAAUUUCAGAUCACGCAACAAAUCAUACGGUACAUAAACGAAUGGUAAUGCUUGACUCAAUAGCUAAGCAUGGCAAACAUUGGCAAGGAGUGGACAUUUUGGUGUUUGAGAGUUAUGUUUGGUGGAUGCAUGACCCUUUAAUCAAUGCUACAUAUGGAUCACCAUACAAAGUCCAAGAAUAUAAUGUCACCACAGCAUACAAGUUGGCAUUGAAAACAUGGGCAAAUUGGUUAGAAUCAAAUAUCCACCCAAUUACUCAAAAUGUAUUUUUCAUGAGUAUGUCUCCAACACAUUUGUGGAGCUGGGAAUGGAAUCCUGGAAGUGAUGAAAACUGCUUCAAUGAAUCAUAUCCAAUUAACCAACGUUCAUAUUGGGGCACAGGUUCAAACCUUGAGAUUAUGAAGAUAUUACAUGAUUCACUACAAGAACUGAAAAUAAAUGUGACCCUGAUGAAUAUCACACAGUUAUCAGAAUACAGAAAAGAUGCUCAUACAUCGGUUUACGGGGAGCGAAAGGGCAAACUAUUGACAAAAGAACAGAGAGCUGAUCCAAAAUCUUUUGCUGAUUGCAUUCAUUGGUGUUUACCUGGAGUCCCUGAUGUAUGGAAUGAAAUUCUAUAUGCAUAUUUGUUGAAGAACUACCAAAACUUUUCUUAACAUGUUCUGUUAUUAGCCAUUCUAUUAUUAGAGUGUUAAGUUUUUUUUUUUACAGAAAGCAUAAGCAUCACUAAGACACAUUCAUAAUUUUUCAUCCUAUUUUGUUUUCUUUUUCAACAUCU